AUGGCCACAGCUCAUCAGCCCGCACGGCCUGCGCAGCGCAUGUCUUCAGGAAAAGACAUACUAUCUCGCAUGCUCCAAAUGGAGAAGCAAAGCAAGCAACAACGGUCCUCAUCCGCCGGUCCCACCAUCCCGCUUUCGCUGAAAAGAACAUCAUUCUCUGGUCCUUCUGAUCAAGCAUCGCCCUCAGCUAAAACGACGCCAAAGUCUCCUCUGCCUACGCCUCAACCAUCACAGCGCCCUUCUCUCACCACACGCUCGCAAACCCUACCUUCAUUAUUAACUGACAGAGGACCGUCGGGGAAGCCAAUGCCGUCUUUAGCACAAUUGAAGACCAACACUUCGACGGACCAGGAGGACUCUACUCCUAUAGAAAUAUGCCUGUCUCCGAGCUGGUCCGAUCAUGGCGAGAAGAGGAAAAGAAGGGAGAAGAAGAGGAUGGAGAAGGAGCAGAAAGAGAUUGAGAAAAGGUUGAAGCAAGAUCAAGAGAGACAAAGGACGGCAGACAUCAAAGCGGGAAAGCGCUUGAGCAGGAAGCCGCCCCCAGCAGCAAUGGAGACUCAAAAGAUGCCCCAAGCAUUGCGGAGGAAUUCAUGGGUGUCUAUGAUGUCUUCCCAUACAUCCUCAGGCGAAAACACAAGACGGUCUUCUCGCGAGGAGAAAAGGCUCUCUGGAAUUUCUAUCGGCUCUACGGAUUCGCAGUCGCAUUCAAGAUCGACGCCUGCCACCAGCACCGAGGAAGCGUCUGAUCCUGCUCGUAGUUCAGGGCAGUCGCAUUCAAUCAUAAGUUCGGCUGCCCCCAAGAUUCCUAACUUUGGGUGGUCUUCCCGAAGGACUUCAUCCGGCACCAACAAAUCACUCUCCUGGGGAAGCGAAGAUGCAUACGCGAGAGAAGUCAUAUCUUUUGCCUAUCGUUUUGAGGGCUCUCCAACUGACCUCGAACACCCCAAACCCAAUGAAUCAGAGGCACAGCAAGGAUCAAAACAUCCAAUACAGCAGGCGGCAAUUACUCCGACCUUCAGCAGAAGUGUAACCGAACCCAAUCUUGCAACCUUUUUACAACAGUCAGUGGCUAGGAGCCCACAACGCCCACCAGCAAAGAGGAAAGACAGUUCUGAACCCAGACAAAACCACGGACAGAAGGAUCCACCUGGAGAACGUAGGAAUUCAGCUCAUUCUCCGAAAGCAAGCCCCAACUUUCAAGAUGACCUGGCGGGAGAAAUGGAGGCCAUCAUGGCAAGCCACCACCAGAGGCCAAGUCAAAAUCCUCCAUCUCCACGGAGUCCACAGACGAGGUCGUCUCACGACGGGAGUAGCUAUGUACACAAGCAGCGCAUGUACCAGCAGCAGCGUUCGAUAGCAGGCUUUGAAGAUGAGCAGGCAGUUAAAGAUGCGAAUGAUAUGGCGGCGAAGUCUGAGGCACUCGCCGGAGAGGAUGGCCAGCGAGCAAAAUUGGGGUUAAGAGCGCCCGAUACUCGCCAGCAGCAUAGUAAUACCGUGUCUGUUACACCUGGUAUCGCUAAUGACCGUGUUCCUGUUAGUCCUAUGACCAGAGACUCUGCGAUGCAGCCGGAUAUGAAGCUGUCCCCAAUGAAGCAGCAAACUACGGUGAAGCAGCAAACGGACGUCGCGCCUUCCAGCUCGCUAAAGCCAGCUCAUACAAAUGCUACUCAAAAAGGGCCAGAUGACACAGAAAUUCGUGCAGGUUCACAAUUGGUCCGAGAUUCAGUCUCGCUCAACAAGACCCAAAUAGCUCCAGGCUUAAAGACAGACAAGAUCCUUCAUUUUCGGCGGCGCUCGAAAUUGGCACCUUCCAAGAUCUCCGUACCAGAUAAUGUUCAGAGUAAAACGGUAGCCCUUGAAUCUGUCCCUCCCACUGUAACGAUAGUUGAAGAGCCUCCAGGGAAACGUUCAAAGGCGGAACGUAUGUCCCAAGACACGAAACCAACGCAAGUACACGCGAGUGUCAGGACGGGGUCUGAAAGCUCCCCCCGCAGUCCGCCCAGAGAGAGCUUACCGGAACCCAACCCCAUACAGUCUCAUGCCAAGAGUCGCACGUCAUCCUCUAUGGUAUUGAGUGAUACUCUACCGUCGCCAAUGUCACCUAAAUCGACGACUGAGCCCGUUGUGAUGUCAAGCAACAAGGCCGCCAAGCAGGCCGAAGGCAAUGAAGCUAGUAGGGAGCUGCAUCUUAAAGCCGAGCCAAAGAGCCCGCACGGAAAACAUAUGACUUCCGUGACCACAAAUAAGGCUCUACCUGAUACACCACCUGCUGCCAAAGACGCCUCUGCCCCAGAAGCUACAACUAGCAAGGCAAUGCCAACUACUAAACCCCUUCCAGAAGUCGUCAUCGAGAGUACAACUGAGGAAGGUUUAGUACGAAAGACAUCAAUCAAGCGUCCUCGCUCGAAUCCUCAGCUACAAACCCAAACCACAGCCACGAACUCUUUGCCGUCACUCGACUUCCUGCCCCAGCUCAAACAUCAGCCACUUGUCAAGCGUCAACCUCAAUUCCUACCUGUCGCGAAAGAUCGCUUCCCACCUGUCCCGAAAGACUAUGCCACCAUCAAACUUAUGGCUGGUAAACCACCGGUCUCCUCCCAUGCUCCAGAUAUGGAACUCAUACCUCGCACGCCUUUCCGCACACCUUCUCAAUUUCCUGUCCCGGGACGAACAUUCAAUCGAUCCGUCACAGAUGUUGGUACUGUCUCCUUCGGCAAAGGCGCUCUAGCGGAGGGUAUGGAGGCGAAACCAAUCGCCAAGCUCUUCGUCAUCUGUUGCAAAUGCAAGUUCUGGCAUGACCUACCAAGUAAACUCUACGAGGCGAUGGCUCUGCCGAAAGAGCUGCAUAAGGAUGAGAACCUUGCUGGGGACAAAGGCAAGGGCAAGGUAACAGGGACAAGAUUGGAGACAGCAGUGAAAUGUCCGUGGUGUGAUCAUGCGAUGACUACCUGGUGCUGUCAGGGUUGGACCACUGUUGUCUAUUUACAUGAAAGGCAUCACUAA